AUGGUGGAGACGAUAUUGGGAUUAAUGAGGAAUUAUAUAUAUAAGCAGACGAACUACUAUCAUUAUUUCUGGCUGGACCGUCUAAGUGUGAGUAUGUCGAAGUAUCUGUUUAACUACAGAGAUCAUCUGAUAAAGUUAUCUCUGAAGUCGUCGAAGACGUUGUAUAGGCUAAACUACAACUACCACAACCCAGAGGAUUCUGAAGGUUCUAAUUACAAGAACACUAAUAAGUAUAGUGACCACGUUGAUAUAGUUAACAACUACGUACUGAGUAACUUCAACAACUCAUUCUAUAAGCUAUGGUCAUAUCUGAAUUGCAACUAUAAGCUGUACUCACUCUACUCUAACAACUGUAACAUUAACCCCUACUUAAAUAACGCCUCACCCAGUAUUAACAACGCACUAGACUCAGAUAACACACCUGAAUCAGAUAGUGGAUACUUUGACGAAACCGACGACUACAACCAUUUGUACAACCUUUUGGAUGAUUAUCAGAUAAUCAACUAUGAUAACCUUCUCAUACCGAUGAUUCUGCCACUGAAGCUCAUCUUCUUCAAUUUACACUACUACUCAAGUCACCAGAUUUACCUAAACAACCUCGAGGAAACAGCAAAUAAGGACGAUGUAGACAUACUGAAGAAGAUUGUGGAUAAUAUUAGGAAAAUAAGGUUCAUUUCACUACAUAACGCAAAGGGAAGAACACUCAGCACCUUUUAUACCAUGUCAAACAUCACGAUGAACGAACAUUUGAACCACUUAUCGCUCCAACUACUUCUAGAACCAGUCAAGAGUGAUUUGUACCUAUUAACUGAGCUUAAUACAAAUUUAUGUCCCUAUCAACUCAACAAGAACAUAACUACAAACGUGCUUAAUCUCUUAAUUCGGUACAAUAACUUGCAUAAACAGCGGAAAUUGGACAACAAAGACUCGGACAAUAAUUGGGUUAUUCUUUUGAGGCUUAUCAGGUACCUGAGCAGUUACUCAAAGUCAUAUGUUGAGGAGGCAUUUAACAUCAGACAGGACCACUUUGAGCUUUCUGAGAAGCUCCAAAUGCUCCUCAAGAUCAAGGACACCAAUAAUUCUGGAGGAAUUCAACCUCACCCUAUUCUCCCAAUUUACGCAAUUGCUCAUGGUUCCAGUAAUGACAAAUCCCAACCCUCAUAUUCAGUAUCACUCCAGCACACUUCAACACUAGCAAAGGAGUUCAUGUUUACCAAGAAUGAAAUAUUACUCAAUAACCUCAUUAAUAUAUACAACGUCUCAACAUUACAACUUACUACUUUUCACUCAAGUAAUUUGUUUGGAGAUUUAUUGAGUAUUUAUUGGUCUGGCGAUUCAUUGUGUUUAUGUGAUAAGUUUGGCUGGAUAAUGAUUUAUUACAUGAAGAACUUGUUAUACUUGAACAACGUUCCUUCAAAGAACGGAAAGAGUGAGAAGGAUCACGUGCCAAAUAGUAUACCUACGAUUUGCUUCAAGACACACUUGACUUCAAAUUACAUGUCCUGGCUUGGAGAAUAUUACGUACUGACAUUGGGUAAUGGGAUCCUGGAGGAAUCUAUAGAACGAGAUAUCAUAUUCAUUAAUCUCACACUAUUAAAUUCACAAAAAGAAUCCAAUUCACAAAAAGAAUCUACUUUACAAGAACAAGAAUCUACUUUACAAGAAAAUGAGCGAAAUUUAGAAAACCAAACCAAUUUACAAGAGGAAUCAAAAUUUCAAGAACCUAAAGAAUCAAAUUUCCAAGAGCAACACGAUACAAAUUCAUUUGAUACAACUUCUACAGAUUUUAACGUCUCAAAUACAGAUCCAAACCCUGAAAAUUCUGAUGUUGAGGUUUUAGAUAAUUCUGAAUUGAAAUCGGUGGGACGAGACGUUAUAAGUUCCAAGGGUUUGAAGAUGUUUUCAGAUAACAAUGUCCCUUGCAUAUGCAUUUGGAACCUUGUAGAAUACAGCAAUAACAAUAUUCCAAAGAUAAAAAUACUCAUGUCAUUUGUACACCCAGACAACAAAGAAACGAAAGAAAAGGAUGAAUUGCCAAAAGUGACGAGUAUUUUACCAAUUAAAAAUGACACAGUGACAAACGGCUCAAAAGAAGUACAACUAGAGUAUGAUCUCCUGCUGUUUGAUUCCAUGGGCCUUUUGAGAGUUUUUAGCGUCACUGACAUGGACAUCGUAUUCACCCACGCACUGGAAAACACGGCAAUAAUCGCAGCCUUCAUGUUACUCAACGGGAACAUAGUCACCGUUACCGAGGACAGUAAGAUUAAGGUAUACAAACUCGUAAGCCUGUACACAAAACCUCAGCUGAUAUUUGACACUGUUUCAAUUGUGAAGCAGCCACGCAGCGUGGUGAGCUCAUCGUCCUUCGUCUCAAGCAUCGGCGAGUUUAUCUCGCAGAAAUUCUCGAGAGAGAAGCCACAACAGCCACAGCAACCCUUAAAAGUAAUCAACGUCAAGUUGUACAGCAGACAAUUCAUUGCAAUUGUCUACUCGGACGAACAAGUUUCAACAACUCAGCUCCCAAACUUCGCCGUAUAUUAA